AUGGAAAUUAUUGCUUCUAGUAAAGAUAAAGAAAAUACUCACCACACUAAUAACGUCGAAGAUCGUAAAUCACCUCCAAAUGCUACGCAUGAAGAUGAUUCUCCUUCUACAGUAUGUUUAAAAAAGAACUCUGCUGGUCGUAAGAAAAUACGCCGGGUUCUUAACUAUUUUGAGCUAGAUCCGGAAACCCGAGCUGCGGCGAAGGAAGAAAAAAAAAGAUUAGAUCGCAUUAAAGAUCAGAAGCGUUCGAAAACUACUUCUUCUGCAACUAAUAGUCAAGUAGAUGACUUUAUUUUAGAGAAACAUGAUAAUAAAAAGAUUGUUUACGUCCAAUCAUUCAUUAGUAAGCAUCUAAAAGCUCAUCAGAAGGAAGGUAUAAAAUUUAUGUGGACAAGCUGUAUCGAGUCAGUUGAUCGAAUUGCUGAACCUGGAUCUGGUUGUAUAAUUGCACAUUCGAUGGGCUUGGGUAAAACGUUACAGGUUAUCGCUUUCAUCGAUGCAGUAUUGAACUAUGGUAAUGAAAGCAUACAGAGCGUACUUGUAGUAUGCCCUAAAAAUGUUUUAUUAAAUUGGGCACUGGAGUUUAAAAAGUGGCUCAAGAGGGAAAAUAGUUAUAGUGUACACACUUUUUCAGCUACCUUAAGCAGUACUAAGGACCGUUUGAGGCCUCUACGGCUCUGGAAUGCUACGAAGGGUUUAAUGAUUAUUAGUUAUAAUAUGUAUACGAGGUUGUUAUCACCUGAUAAAUCUAAUUUUGAUCGCAGUUGUAAUGAUUUUCUUACACAAGUUCUGUUGGAACCUGGUCCGGACAUUGUUAUAUGUGACGAAGGACAUUUGCUUAAAAGUCAAAAAACUAAAACUUCUGAGAUUUUAAAUAGAAUCAGGACGAAACGACGUAUUAUACUAACUGGGACACCUUUACAAAACAAUUUAAGCGAAUAUUAUUAUAUGGUCAAUUUUGUUAAGCCACGGUUACUUGGCUCGAUGAGUGAAUUCAAAAAUAGGUUCAUUAAUCCAAUUCGUAAUGGACUACAUGCGGAUUCUACAAGGGAUGAUGUAAAAUAUAUGAAGAAACGCACUUAUGUAUUGAAUUUGAAAGUCAAGGCUUUUGUACAGAGAUACGAUUACGAUGUGUUAGAGUCUGAGCUGCCUCCGAAACAUGAAUAUGUUAUUUAUAUUCGUAUGUCGAGAAAACAAUGUGAACUUUACAAAUCUUACUUAGAAAAGUUUGCAUCUGACGAUCAUCUACAUUUUCGGACCUACUCUUUAUUUGGUGAUUUCUCGAACUUGACAAGCAUUUGGACGUAUCCUUGGAAUUGGAAAAGAGAUAAUAAUAAUUCCAUGACGGACAUGGUUUCUGAAAACGAUGAAGUCAGCACUGUUAGUGAUGGAGGGUGCUCUACUACAUGGAAAGAUUCAAGUCUGGCUGAAGAUUGUGACCAUCUUCAAAAUGAUACCGGCAUUAUUGACGCUACGAGGCUUGAUUUAGGUGAUACGACCAAAGGAAAUGAAAAUGAUUCAGCUAAUACACGUGUAAAUAGUGAUGACGGAAGUAAAAAGGCUGUAACCGUGGAUCAGUUAGUAUUAAACACUACUAUUAAUUCAGCUAGUGAUAAAGAUGCAGUUGAUAGACAUAAAAAGCGCUGGCUGGAACAACUUGCGAAGGUUCCACAAGAAGAUCUUAUGACAUAUUGUAACAAAAUGAAAGUCGUUGUGAAAAUAAUCGAUCUGGCCUAUAAAUUACAAGAGAAAGUAAUUAUAUUCAGCCAUAGUCUAUGUUGUCUGACAUUGAUUGAAGAAGUAUUGAGAGAGAAUUGUACACCUAGCUUGUCAUAUGAAGACUACUGCAGAAUGGACGGAAGAACGUCUGCGGAACUACGUCAGCGUUAUAUUGAUAAAUUUAAUAAUAGCAAUAGCUAUCGAUGCAGAGUAUUCCUAAUUUCGACGCGUGCUGGUAGCUUAGGAAUUAAUUUGACUGCUGCUAGUAGAGUAGUUUUAUUUGACGUUGGUUGGAAUCCGUCUUAUGAUAUGCAAGCGAUUUUCCGUGCUUACCGAUUUGGGCAAAAAAAAACGGUUUAUGUUUAUCGUCUUGUCGCAAAGGGUACAAUGGAACAAAAAAUCUAUGAAAGACAGGUUACGAAACAAUCAUUAGCUUACAGAGUUAUUGACAAGCGUCAAAUCGAGCGCCAUUAUACCAUGUCAGAAUUGCAGGAACUGUAUGCCUUUACUCCUGAGCCGGAUAAUUUAAAAACUCCCUUAGUCCCACAGGAUCAAAUUCUUGCGGAAAUUAUACAGGAUCUACAUCCGAAAAUCCUUUUAAGUUAUCAUGAACAUGAUUCUUUACUCAAGAAUAUAGAAUCAGAAAAAUUAACAGAAGAUGAGCGGAAGGCUGCAUGGGAAGAAUAUAAAGCAGACGAAACGUAA